UCGAAGAGAUAGCCAGCGUUGUCCAAUGCAAGCACCACCAUGCUCGAAUGGCUUGCCUCGACUAUUCAAUCACCAGCAGCAAAUCCUGGACGAGCUCUCCUCCAUGGAUGUUCUCUCGGCGCUGGACUGGAUGGACCACUCGCGCCUCCCAAUCACAGUCCCACUCUACGAGUCCCUCAUCCGGCGCUGCGCGAAUCCACACUCCCUGGAGGCCGGGCGAUCCAUCCACGCCCACAUCCUCCGCCACGGCUAUGGCGGCGAGCGAUUCCUCCUCAACACCCUCGUCGAGAUGUACUGCAAAUGCGACAGCCUGCGCGACGCCACCGCCGUAUUCGAGCUCGUCGCCUGCGAGAGGAUCGCGUUUCCCUGGAACAUCCUCAUCGCGGCAAAUGCCCAGAGGGGGCAAAGCCGCGAAUCCAUCGCGCUCUACCGCCGGAUGAGCUGCGAGGGAGUGAAGCCCAACGCGAUCACGCUGGUGAGCGUGCUGGGCGCCUGCGCGAACCUGGAAGACCUAAAAACCGGCCGCGAGAUCCACCGCUCCCACGUCCUGGGAGCACGGAGCCGUCCGUACGAGCGGCCCAUGCCGGUGGACGCGGUCAUGGCCACCGCGCUGGUGACCAUGUACGGGCGGUGCGGCAGCGUCGCGGACGCGCGGGCGGUGUUUGAGGGCAUCUGCGGGAGGGAUCUCGCGGCAUGGAACGCCAUGGUGGCGGCAUAUUCCCGGAAUGGGCAAAUGGCCCAGGCGGUGCUGGUUCUGCGGCGAAUGGCCGUAGAGGGCGUACGGCCGGGCGAGGGCACUUUCGUCGGGAUGCUGAGCUGGUGCUGUACGGUGGGCGCCCUGGACGAGGCCAGGUCCAUCCACGCGCACAUUCUGGCCACUGGGCUCGAGUCUCGACCCACGGUUGGGACCACGCUCGUGAGCAUGUACGGCCGUUGCGGCAGCCUAGGCGGUGCCGUACGUGCUUUCCAGCGGAUUCGAGACAAGGACAUUGUGGCCUGGAAUGCGAUGAUCGCGGCGUAUGCCCAGAGCGGGCAUAGCAGGGACACGAUCCGGAUAUACCACGUCAUGGAUCUGGAGGGCGUUAGGGUUGACAAGGUGACGCUCAUCGGCGUCCUGGAUGCCUGCGCCAGCCUCGCGCUCACCUCGAAAACGCGGUUGGUCCAUGCUCGGAUUGUGGACACUGGCGUGGAGCUGGACGUGGUGCUUGGAACUGCGCUUGUGAAUGCCUAUGCCCGUGGAGGGCAUCUCGUGGAUGCUGAUCUCGUGUUUGCGGAGAUGGAGGAGAGGAACGUCGCGACGUGGUCGGCGAUGGUAGCAGCAUAUGCCCAAACCGGGCAUCCCGACCGGUCGCUGGAAAUGUACCGGGAGAUGCAGCUCCAAGGGCUCCGCCCAAACUAUAUCACCUACGUGAGCAUCCUCUUUGCUUGCAACCACGCCGGGCUCCUCGACCAUGGUCUCGGCUAUUUCGCGUCCAUGGGGAGAGACUACGGGAUCGAGUCCUGCGAGGAGCACUGCAGCUGCAUUGUGGAUUUGCUGGGCCGGGCCGGACGGCUGGACGAGGCCGAGGCGCUCAUGGCCAGCGUUCCGUACAGGCUGGGAAUAUCCGCGUGGAUGUGCCUGCUCGGGGCGUGCCGGACGCACGGUGACGUGGAGAGGGGGUCCCGCGUGGCGAGGCGGGCGUUCCAGGUGGAAUCCGGGGAGGUGGCUCCGUACGUGGCCCUGUCCAAUAUGUAUGCCGGCCACGGCAUGUGGGACGAGGUCUCCAGGGUACGGCAGCUCAUGGCCAACACUCUGGACAAGUCCACGGGCAAGAGUUUCGUGGAGAUUGAUGGGCGGCUCCACGAGUUUAUCCAAGGCGAUGAGACACACCCUGAGAAAGAUUCCAUCCAAGCCAAUAUCCUGGAGCUCGAGCUAGAUUCUCCCACGGUUCCUUUGUUCCACCGCCACCACAGUGAGAAAGUGGCGGUGGCGUUUGCGAUGCUCAAGACGAGCGGCGAGAUCCCCCUGCGCGUGGUGAGCAGCCUGGGAAUAUGCCACGAGUGCCACGCCUUCAUGAAGGGCAUCUCCAAGAGAUGCCGCAGGGAGAUCGUGGUGAGGGACGCCGAGAUGCUCCAUCGGUUCGACGGUGGAUCAUGCUCGUGCGGACGUUAGCGAAAGUGACACGCGGCCGCCUCGCGACGUGGCGAAAAUGUAGGAAUGCUAGCGGCGCCCACCAAUCACGUUGCGGUAUUUUGAAACACUCUCAUUAGCUUUGUCAGGUCGGCAUGCUAUGUAAUGUCAUGAUUGCUGUAUAGGAAGGAUUAGUAUAUACAUGUCCAUGCAUGCAUGCCCGUACGUUUAUACCUUUUAAAAAUAUAGCAAACUACCUUUUAGUGGAAUA